ACAGGAUUGGGGCGGGGCCAGGGGAGCGCAGGCGCAACGGGUGGCGGAAGUAAAAACCCGGGAAGGAGGAGGGAAAGGGGCCUGCUGGUGCUUUGCCAAGGGCGCCGCGUUUCUGCUGCGGGAAGCUCCCGGAGGUCGCUUGUGCGUCCGAGCCCAAGCCCCUCCCCUCUACUCCCCUCCCCGCUUGCCCUCGGAGCCGCUAAGCGGCUGCCUUCUUCUCCGUCCGCCGAGAUGGCGCUUGACCCCGCAGAGUAAACAGUAGCACCAAACUGUCUUCAGAAACAAGAAGUUUUAGAAGAAUGAUCACCAGUCUCAACAAGCCAUUUUAAAAAUGUGUUUGAUAGGAAUAUUACAACUUCGAAUUCAAAAUAUCAGCAUCUCAGACAUGUCGAAAAAGAUGUUUUGAUCCCUAAAAAAAUGAGAGAAAAGGCCAGAGAAAGGUGUUCCGAACAAAUUCAAGAUUUUACCAAAUGUUGCAAGGACUCUGGACUUCUUAUGGUAAUAAAAUGUCGGAAAGAAAACUCUGCAUUGAAAGAAUGUCUAACUGCUUACUAUACUGAUCCAGCCUUUUAUGAAGAAUGCAAAAUGGAAUACCUGAAGGAAAGGGAAGAAUUCAGAAGAACUGGAAUUCCUGCAAAGAAAAGGCUACAGAAGCUUCCCACAAGCAUGUAGGCAGAUAUUCAAAUGACAUUCAGGAAAUCUAACAUUCAUGGAAGUCAUUUUAUAGUAUAAGUCACCUUAAAUAAUGGACUGAAAAUAAGAAUGUGUGUUUGCUUUAUCUUAAUUAUGGAAAUAUUAAUUUUAUCUGAAAUAAAUACUUUAUUUCAAA